UUCUGGCCUUCGUAUGACCUGGGCAGUGAGCGGUUCUUCCCGCGGAGAGACCUGUUGAUUCGGACGAGCUCUUGGAACUGGGCAUAUCUGAAGCUGAAAAUGAUGGAUACACAGCGGGCUCUGUUGGCUGUGGAGCGGCUUCAGGAGAGGCUGAAGGAGAGAGGAGAGUUGCCUACAGAGGAGAAACUGAACCUCCUGAAGAGUGUUUUACAGAGUCCCCUGUUCCACCAGAUUCUUAUUAUGCAAGAGACUGGACAUCAUCAUCAGCACCUGCAUCAGGGUUCCAUGAAGUUGCCUCGAUCCCAGUCCCUCCAAGGUGAAGUGGGCCGUGUUGGUGCAUCCUGUGCUCUCAGGCACAGCGAAUCUUACCUAUCGGCCCAACGACGAAACGACCGAUAUGGUUCUGCUAACCAUAUACCAACCACUCCCAUCAUCACAGAGGAUGUCCAGUCAACUAUACAGUCCAUGGCAAUGGGUCGCCGUGUGUUGAGUGUGGACUUUCAGAAGGGGGAAGGUGGCUUGGACUUCGAUGUGGUGGACUUACAGGCUGAAUACAAAGGAGGGUCCGGUAUUUUCAUACAGGGAAUUAAGCCUGGCUCAAUGGCCCACAGUGAUGGCCUCCGUGAAUCCGAUCAGAUCCUCGCAGUGAAUGGGGAGGUAUUUGACUCCAGUGUAACCCAGCAACAGGCCUUCAGAGUGUUGCAGAACGCUGUCUCCAUGACAACACUGACUGUAGCCAGAGGACCAGUCAGUGACCUCUAUCCACAACGUAUGAGCCGUGCCGUGUCGCUGCCGAGCGUCAGCGGCACCUUCACUCCAAGGAAUGUCCAACUAAUUGAGCUAGAGAACGAUGGCUCUGGGCUGGGAUUUGGUAUUGUCGGAGGGAAGAGCACAGGCACCAUGGUCAAAACCAUAUUACCUGAUGGAGUCGCAGGAAAGGACGGGCGCUUGCGGCGUGGUGAUUUGCUCCUCAAGAUUGGUGAUGUUGAUGUAUCCAAUAUGGGCACUGAUGAAGUAGCGCGAGAGCUCCGUCUCGCUGGCUCCAAAGUGAGGCUCCUCAUCGCCAGGGAAACCACGGACAGUGACCUCAUGCACUCUGUUGCCCAGCAACAGGAAACACAAGAAGGACAGUGUGCUGAGGGGGAAAAAGAGCUCACGGUCAGAAUAACAAAGAACAAAAUUGGCCUGGGCAUCACCAUCGCCAGAUCUUUAGAGCACCUGAAUGCAGGCUUCAGUGGCAUUGUAGUAAAGGGGAUUGUCAAGGGCAGUGCAGUGGAUCAGGAUGGACAAGUGCAUAUUGGAGAUCACAUUAUUGCGGUAGAUGGGCGGCGGCUUCAUGGCUGCAGUGAGGAGCGAGCAAUGGAGAUUUUGAGGUCAACAGGUCAUAGGGUGGAGCUCUCUCUACUGCGGAAACAGCUUCAGCCUGCAUCCUCUGGUACCUCACAGCCUCCUCCAUCAGUUUCGUCUGUAUCAGAGCCAAAAACAGCACUACCGUCAGGGAAAGGGCUCUCUGCACUCUCCCAAGACCUACGCUUCAGAUCUAAGUUGUCAGAAGAAGAGAAGGCAGAGCUCAAGAGGAAGUGGCAAAGCAGGCUGGGAAAGAAGUAUGAAAUCAUGGUGGCCCAGGUGCAGAAGUUCAGUGAAUGCAGUGGUUUGGGAGUGAGUUUGGAGACAAGAGCAGGCUGUCAUUUUAUCUGUUCCUUACUGCCUGAGGGACCAUUAGGCCAGUGUGGCCUACGACCUGGAGACCAAGUACUGGAGGUGAACGGGAUACCCCUGGUUGGCGAGACCCAUAAGGAAGUUCUGGUGUUACUGAAGGAUCUUCCCGUGAAUGUGUUUGUGGUCUGCUGUCGCCUGAUCCCACCCACUCCAGAUGAAGAUGAUGAUGAUGAUGAUGUUCAGUUUAGCCUCAAGGAACUAAUUGCAGAGUUUUCUGAAAAGAAGAACUGCGGCAGGCAGCUGAAUAGAGGAGUAGAGGACUGUGGGAAAAUGGAGGUCCCUUCUCUAUCCCAACAGGCCAUGUGGCAGGAUGAAAUUCAGGUCUAUGAGCUACAGAAAGGAGAAGCUGGUCUGGGAUUCAGCAUACUGGACUACCAGGACCCAGUGGACCCAAAGAAGACGGUGAUAGUGAUUCGCUCCCUUGUACCAGGUGGUUUGGCUGAGAGAGAUGGACGUUUGUUGCCAGGAGACCGGUUAAUGUUUGUUAACGGCACAGAUUUGAGUCACACCAGCCUGGGUCAUGCUGUUCAUGUCCUAAAAAGCACCAACUAUGGCACUGUACACAUUGGUGUGGCCAAACCCUUACCGGAAAAUGACACUCAAGACACAGGAACCUUUCUGACCAGCAACUGUCAUUCCAGAGAAAGCAACCAGCUUUCCACAGUACAGGAAAACUCUGUGCUGCAGAGUAGCAGAAUGGAGGCGGGUACUAAAGUCAGGUCUAAUCAAGCCAGUGGCCUUGAGAAGAACAUCACUGUGGUCAGGGACAACGCCAGCUUGGGUAUGACAGUGAGCGCUAUAAAGGAUGGUUCAGGUAUGAUCAUCCGUUCAGUGGUUAAUGGAGGUGCUAUCAGUAAGGACGGCAGACUAGCAGUAGGAGAUGCCAUUGUAGCCAUCAACGGAGAACCUGCCACCAAUCUUACCAGUGCACAGGCUCGAGCCAUGUUACGGAGACAUUCACUUUUUGGACCAGACCUCAGUUUCACAUAUGUACCUGCAGCUUUUCUUGACAUGCACCGAGCCACCAUCAUCCAGUCAAAACAAGAGACAAAAGCUGAACAAGCCAACGCCGUCCGAUUAAUGCAGGUGUUUAAAACGGACCAAGCCAACAUUGCCCAGUCAGCCGAGCAGCAGGACACUGUCACCAUGGCCUUUCAGAACCUUAAAAACACCUCUCAACAAGCUGAAGUAGAUGCAGGAACCACUAAUGGAAAGACUUGGAGACUGAAGGAAAAGGCAGAAGGUCUGUCACAGUGGGGACACAGAGAUGAUCGAGAGAAAAAAGAGGGGGAGGAAAGUGCAGUGAAAGACACAGUUGGCUCAUGGCAAGCAGACAGACAGAGAGAAGAAGAGAAGGAAAGAGACAAAGAGAGAGAGGCGCUGCAGAGAACUGAUCAUGAUUCAUGGAGUCAGCCCCGAAGAGUGACACUAAUCAGGAAGAAUGGAGAAAGUCUUGGCAUCAGUGUUAUUGGCGGGCGUGGCAUGGGUCGUCGCCUAAGCAAUGGAGAAAUGAGACGGGGAAUCUUCAUUAAACACAUCGCAGAAGACAGUCCUGCAGCAAGAGACAGCACACUCAAACCUGGGGACCGAAUACUGCAAGUUGGUGGUGUGGAUGUGAGUGAUUUUACUCAUGAAGAAGCAGUGGAGGCUAUUCGCCGGGCAGGGAACAGAUUGGAACUACUAGUGCAGAAUCCUCAGCAGGACCCUGUGGCCCAGCAUGAAAAACAAGAUCUGUCACACACCAACCAUCAAAAUCACUUGAAGUGUGAGAAUCCGAGACCACUUGUACAUCUCUCUCCAGCCAACCCUUUCACUCCCACUCCAUUUAAGCUUACAGGUAACAAGCUGUUAAAGAAAUCUUCCAACCCUGUUCCACCUCCCCUAAGGCUGCCCUCAGGGCCCGCCUGCAUGGUAACAGAUGGAGUGACAAGUAAGAACGUUUCAGAAAGGCUGAGCAGGCCUCCAGAGAUUAAACAGCACAGCGAAGAGGAACAAGUUUCAUACUGGAGCCGAAUGUUGCAGAGAUAUGGCAGUCUGCCAGGACAACUAAAGCUGGUUGAGUUGAAUCGCAGCACACACUGCUCUGGUCUGGGUCUGUGUGUGACGGGAAGCAGAGACAGAGCACGUGGGAGAAUGAGUGUGUACGUUUCUGAGGUUCAGCCUGAGGGGGCAGCUGCUGCUGAUGGGCGAAUCAGAGUGGGAGAUGAGCUACUAGAGAUCAAUGGACAGGUACUAUAUGGUCGUAGUCACCAGAACGCUUCUGCUAUUAUCAACAGCGCUCCAUCCGAGGUUAAGCUUGUAUUAAACAGGCGUGAAGCUGCAUUGGAACACAUGGCUGCAGAACCAAUAAUGGAGACAGACAACUGUCCCAUCUUAUCACCUUCUGCUGUGGAUAUCAGCAUGUUCAAGGAAGGCAAGCCUGAUGUCUUAAAUCAGGAAGGAAGGAGCAUCUUAGAGAAUGAACAAAAGUCUUGCUCCUUUGAAAAGAGCAGCAUCAACCACCUGAGUCCCUUCAACGUCUUAUCCAACCACAAACCUUUCAGUGUCCCUUCCUCUGCUUUUCGCAGCAGAUCAGCAAGUCCCAUUCCUCCUGGCUGUUACACAUUGCCCAUGUCUCACAGCACAUCAACCAGUCCUACACAAAAUUUUCAUCUUAGUCACACCCAAUGCUGUUCCCUAACCAGUCAUUCUGACAUUGGGCUGCCUGGCUCCUCCUGCUGUCCAUCAUACUCCAUGAACACUGACCCCCUGAAGUGCCCUAUCAUACCCGGCCAUUUAAACACCAUAGAACUUUGUAAAGGACACUCUGGCCUGGGACUUAGCAUUGUUGGUGGCUGUAACACAUUAAUGGGAGUGAUUCUGAUUCAUGAGGUGAACGAGGGAGGUGCAGCUCAUAGGGAUGGGAGACUACUUGCAGGAGAUCAAAUUCUUGAGGUGAAUGGUAUAGAUCUAAGAAUGGCCACUCAUGAGGAAGCGCUGAGUGUCCUGCGCUUGAGUCCACAACGCGUGAGCCUCUGUGUGUAUAGACACCCAUCCACACACAACUUCCCCAAGCAGGCGACACACACUCAUGAAGACAUGUGGGAUCUUUUCAUCGUAGAUCUUCAGUUAGGACCAGGACAGGAGCUGGGGAUGAGCAUUGUGGGUAAAAGAGAUGAUACGGGAAUAUUUCUGUCUGAGAUAACGAAUGGUGGCGUGGUACAGUUAGAUGGAAGACUGUCGCUAGGUGACCAGAUUCUAUCUGUAAACGGAGAGGACAUCCGGGCUGUGACUCAAGUCUACGCCCGCACAUUAUUACAGAACUGCAGUGGGUCAGUGGUGCUGGAAGUGGCACGUUUUAGAGCUACUCCGCCCUACUCAUAUGAGUUCCAGGUCGGUGAUGUGGAUGCCUCUCCUUUUCCUGCAUCUGAUAUUCAUGACUCUGUGGAAAGGAAUGUAGACAUCAGAACAGUUACACUGCAGAAGGGUAUCUCAGACUCUCUGGGGCUGCAUUUGAGUGCAGUUGGAGGUUUAAAGGAGGAAGCAGGGCUCUAUGUGUCUGCCAUAGACCCAGAUUCAGCUGCUGCCUACUCUGGACUACUGGAGGUAGGCGAGAGGAUCGUCAGCAUCAACGGCACAUUGAUCAAAGAGCUCUCACACACAGAGGUCAACACCCUCCUGAGAAAGUCCAGUGGUGCCAUCACUCUGGAGGUCAUUCCAUGUUGUGAUCCUAGUCAGUCCGCUUGGGGUCAGUCUUCACCUGGUGCCCCUGCAAACUACACCACCCAGAACCACCUGAGUUCUCAGUACAAGACGAUAUCUCUGGAGCGAGGUUCUGCUGGCCUGGGCUUCAGCAUCGCGGGAGGUUCGCGCAGUUCCCAUGGAUACCUGCCCAUUUACAUCAAGAACAUCUUCCCCAAGGGAGCUGCGGUGGAGGAUGGGCGCCUGCGGUCUGGUGAUAGGCUGGUGGCAGUGAAUGGAAGGAGUCUAGAAGGCAUCUCACACUCUGAAGCUGCGGAGAUUCUGAGACGUGCCAGGGGUGCAGUCACACUCACCAUACUCUCUCAAACACACCUCGCACACCGAUAAUGAGACACUAUAACCUCCACUGAAACAUUUCUGUAGCUUUAUCUUCUAAGACUUGCUAGUACAUUUUUGUUAGCCGGGCAAGUCAAGGGGAAGGACAACAGUGAAACAGUUUAUAAGAAUUUGUAAUAUAUAUUUUUUUAAGAUUUCGUUUCACCACCUAGCUUGGGUAACUUAUUCCUGCUCUUAAAAUAUUUUGUUAAAGUUUUACUGGCAGGACAGCGUUCAUAAGCUUGUCAUGACAGCUGAUUAUAAACCUACAUUAGCAUUUACAAAGGCUUGUUCUAAAAAGCAUAAUGUGUCACAGAUAUAAUAUAUAUUUACAGCCCCUUCAAUACAAUUACUCAGCAUAAUUAAUUCUGGUAUUUAUUUCAGAAAAAAAUGCUUUAUUGAUAAUAAAUGCUACUAUAAAAGUAUAUUAUAUAACUGAUUUAAAUGUUUUAGCUGCCCAUCCCACAGUUCCUCCAUCUGGCUCAUAUUAAACUAGAGAGAUGCUACCGUUAACUACGUCUUUUGAUGUGAUUAACACUGCUGUUGACACAUAAAUGUAAAAAAAUGUAUUCUCUCUCAGUGGUUGGUGUGCAGUAGCCAUAAAACACGAGAACAUACAGACUUGAUUACAUAUUACUUGGUCUGAGGCUGAGAAUAACAGUUAUACGUUAACAUUAUCUGUGGUUGUGUCAGUUGGUGCUUAUCACAGAAAUUAAGGUACCAUUAAAUUUAGCUGAUCUGACUAGCUGAAAUAUUUUUGUUGAUCUUGAGAAAUCAGAAGAGGCACGGAUGGCAGGACAGUGGGUAUUGUUUUGAGGAUGUCGUGCUGUGUCUGAGAUGUAAUAAAUGGUGCCUAGAAAGACAAAGUAUUCGUCAUUAAUUGUGCUCUGUACACUUCCAUUAGAAGGGUGUGUUCUCAUAAGUGGAGUUCGAUAACUGCUUAUUAAAUGUAAUAUUUAAAUAAAGGAAAAACAAUCAUGAGCUUUUAAGCUGUUCUGAGUAAAAUUCGAUGUUUAUGUAAUUUAUGCAUGUCUCUUAUCAAUUUGUGCAUCGUCACCAUCAAACUUAGUAGAAAUAAAUGGCCAUGGUUGGAAAAUCUAACAAGUGUUAAUAUACUCUGUCACUUCAGAAGAAGCUUGAUUCUCGGUGAUAAACCGACCAUUAAAACUACUGGUUGGAACCCUUGCAGUGAAAUUAGACUGUUGUGUUUAUAUUACCACGGCAUUUCCCACGGCUGUGUGCCCCUGGAUCCCCAAAGACUCUGCUCAAUGUACUGUCUGUCAUAAAGGCUGCUUUUGUUAACUUGGCUAAUGUAUUGUUUGUUGAUGCAUCAUCUGUGUUAGAUGGCAUUAUUUUUUUCUGAUAUUAUGUAAUUUUUUCAUUUUGGAGCAUUUCUAUUGGUCCAUUUAACAUGAGCUUU